AUGUCUAGGCAGGAACCGUCUAGUUUGGAUUUUAUAUCUCCAGUUAAUCCAGAUUGGAUGCACCUGCAGUUAAAUGAUUAUGACUUUUACACGACAAGACCCAGUAGUUUAGACACCGCCCAUGGUAACAGUUUACCGAUGAAUCAAUAUUCCUCAGUACCUGUAAUUAGAAUAUACGGAUGUCUGCCCUCGGGGCACCAAGCAGUGUGUCAUGUACAUGGUAUAUUCCCUUACAUUUUUAUCGGUUAUGAUGGCAAAAAGCAGGAUUCAUCCACUGAUAUGAACCACAGAUGUGCCAAGCUACAUCGUCUACUGGAGUCAAAAUGUCAAGAGUUUGCAGGAAAAAAUGAAAAAGUUCCUAGUGGGCAGCCACUUGGUGCUCUCAGUUAUAUCGCUAAUGUUUCAGUGGUGAAGGCGGUUCCCUUCUACGGUUUCCAUGUAGGAUGGUCAUUGUUCUACAAAAUUUCGCUAUUAAAUCCAGGUCUAGUUAAUAAGUUUUCUGAUUGGAUCAGAGAUGGUAAAAUGUUUGGCAAAAGGGUAGAGUCUUACGAAACCCAUUUGCCCUAUUUAUUACAAUUCUCAGUGGAUUUCAACCUAUUUGGUUGUUCUUGGAUGGAUUUCAACCAAUGCUAUUUCCGUGAACCUCUGCUGAAUCCAAUUUUAAGCUUAGAUGUUUUGCUAAUGAAUCAAGACUUGAAAACAAUCCUUCGAAGAUUUUACCAUCCGAAUUCAAAUGCACUGUGUAAGAAGGAUUUCCCCAGAAUGGGGAAUGGUCUACUUGAAAUUGAUAUCAUUCCACAAUAUAUUCGUAACAUCGAUAAUUUACAAUUCACUGGUGAAUCCCACGAUUCCUCAGGGACUUCAAGAGAAGAAUUGAGCAAACCUUACGUUACCUCUACUAAGAACAUUGUUAGAGAUAUCUCCAUGCAAAGAAAAGCCAUGUCUUUGGAGCCCUUUAAGGAUCCACCAAGUUUGGAACGUUAUGACAUUAAUGACCAUUGGCAAUCAUCUGAUAGCUUUGCCAGUGCUUUCAAGAAUUUUACGCAGAAACUGAACCAGAACCCGAAAAAUGAACACUUUGGGGAUGAUUCUUCGUUAUUUACACACGUCAACAAACCUCAUGAACUUUUGUCGGAACUGUGGCCCUCUAGGCCAACGGCUAUUCCGUCGGCGGUUACAGAAUCCAACAAUGAGGUAGAGGAUGGAUUAAUCGACACUUUGGAAAAUGAUUACGUCAUAGUCAACUCUAGUGAUACAGAAAAUGAUGACAAGGGUUUAGAGGAGAACGAUUCUCCGCUUGCUGAAGAAUAUCAACAAAAUCAUAGUACGGUGCCAGUUCCGGAUGGAGAGGUACCUGCUCCGGGUGGAGAGAUACCACCGCUGUCAAUGGAUGUGGCGAUGACCCAAAAGAUGGCUAAAAAACGGAAAUUCACUUUCACUCAAACUGCUACACAUUCAAAUGUCAAAGUACAGAAAAGAAAGCCCAAGAAAAUUGGUAUCAGAUAUGAAAGAAACGCUUACAGGUUUAAAAAUCCCCCAGUUGAUUAUUCUUCCACUUUGCCCGGUCUAGAAGAUUUAGGAUUCCCCAAGCAAGAUUACAUAGAUCCGUUCUUUGGAGAUCCAAAGGAUUUAAAGUCAAAACCAUACGUCUAUGCUGGGAAAAGAUUUGAAAUUGGCUCCACCCAUUUAAGUUGCAGAAUACCCAUGACCUUUGAGGAAGAAAAUAUAGUAGAAGGUAAAGUGAGAAGUGGAAAUGUCUUUCAUUCCUGGAAAUACUUAAGACGACCGCCCGAAUUUCAAACGGUAAAACAUGAGACUGAAUCCAUGAGAAGGACCAAAUCAUUUAUUUCACAAAUCGAACGAUCAUCGUUUCAGAGAAAAGCUAUAAUCAGGGAAAAAAACAAUGCACCCGAGGAGAAGAGUAGUAUCUUUUCUCCGAAUACUUUGACUCACUUUAGUAUGGAGAUCCACGUAGAGACUGAAGGAUCUAAAAAGCCUGACCCUGUCAGGAAUGAAGUUAAAAUGGUUGUGUGGUGUUUAGAAAAGGAAUCCUUUCCCUUUGAUUUAGACAUCUCUCAUGAAGGCAUUCUCGCUGUAGUAGAUCAAACCGCUGAACCUCAUUUGGCAAAUCAUAUCGUCCAAGGUGCUGGUGAUGUACCAGUAGCAUUUUACAAAACAGAAAUGGAUAUGUUUGAUGCAUUGACAGAUCUAGUUCUCUUUUUUGAUACAGAUAUCCUAUCAGGUUUUGAAAUUCAUGACGGAUCAUGGGGUUAUAUAAUCGAGAGAUGCAGAAAGCACUAUGGAAUUGAGAUAUCCGAAGACUUUUCAAGAGUCAAUUCCAACUUGAAGAAUAAGGCACGAGAUAGAUGGGGCUUCACUCAUGCAUCAGGGAUAAUGAUUGCCGGAAGACAUAUGAUAAAUGUGUGGAGAAGCAUGAGAUCAGAGUUGAACUUAACGCAGUACAGCUUGGAAAAUUUAGCGUUUGAACUGUUAGAUGAACGGAUACCCCGUUUCUCAUUCCAAGCACUCACUCAAUUAUGGAGGAACCGCCAACACCCUUCGAACGUAAAAACAGUAAUCAAUUAUUGGAUGACACGCGUAAGAAUGAAUAUAAGACUUCUACAGAAACAAGAUUACAUCGCCAGAAUAGUAGAGCAGGCGAGGUUGACAGGAAUUGAUUUUUACUCAGUCUAUUAUAGAGGAUCACAAUACAAAGUCGAGUCAAUUCUUUUCCGUCUUUGCAAGCAGGAAGAUUUUCUUUCAUUAUCUCCCAGUAGAAAACAGGUCAAAAACCAGCGAGCACUGGAAUGCGUUCCUUUGGUCAUGGAACCCGAAUCUGCCUUCUACAAAAGUCCUGUUGUAGUCCUGGAUUUCCAAUCACUGUAUCCUUCGAUUAUGAUAGCCUAUAACCUUUGCUACUCUACAAUGGUUGGAAGGGUCAGAGAUUUAGAUUUCAAGAAUGAGCUUGGUGUAACCAAAUUCCCCUUUCCCAAAAAUGCAUUUAAUACCUUAGAAGAGCACACGAGGAUAACUGCCAACGGAAUAGUAUAUGUGAAGUCAUCUUACCGUAACUCCACUUUGGCUAGGAUGUUAGAGGACCUUUUAUAUACAAGGAGGUUGGUUAAAAAAACCAUGAGCGAUGUGGGGUCGAAAAAUUCUUCCUUGCAGAAACUACUUAAUCGCCGACAACUAGCGCUAAAGUUGAUAGCUAACGUAACCUAUGGGUAUACAUCAGCAUCUUUUUCAGGUAGAAUGCCAUGCUCAGAUUUAGCCGACACCAUCGUACAAACCGGAAGAGAGAUUUUAGAGAAGGCAAUUGAAUUUAUCGAAGCCAAUGAAAAAUGGGGGGCUAAAGUAAUAUAUGGCGAUACUGACAGUCUUUUCAUAUAUUUACCGGGAAAAUGUCGAUACGAAGCCCAUAAUAUUGGUGAAGAGAUGGCAACAGAAGUGACCAAACGCAAUCGAUCCCCCAUAUCGCUUAAGUUCGAGAAAGUUUAUCAUCCUAGCAUACUACUUAGUAAAAAAAGAUACGUCGGGUUCAUGUACGAAUUACCUUCGCAACUACAACCAAUCUUCGAUGCAAAGGGUAUUGAGACGGUAAGAAGAGAUGGCCAUCCUGCUCAGCAAAAGAUUGUUAAGAAAUGCAUCCAAAUCCUUUUUCGAACCAAGGACUUAUCUCAAGUGAAAAAAUAUGUACAGGAACAAUUCGUCAAGAUCCAUCAAAGCAAAGUGUCCUUACAAGAUUUUUGUUUUGCCAGAGGGGUACGUUUAGGUUCUUAUAAGAGUGAGAAGACAGCUCCACCUGGUGCAGUGGUAGCGACAAGACAGAAAGAACAUGAUCAUAGGUCUAGACCACAGUAUAAGGAACGGGUUCCAUAUGUGGUAGCUCGAGGCUCAGUAGGCCAAAUAUUAAGGGACAGAUGUAUCUCCCCAGAGGAGUUUUUAACAGACGAAACUUUGGAGCUCGAUUCAGAUUACUACAUCGAAAAGACUCUAGUACCGCCGCUAUCCCGACUUUUUAAUAUCAUGGGAGUAAAUGUUGCUGAGUGGGCUUUUGAAGUCACUAGAAAUCAAUCUUCCCCAGCCCACAGAGAAGCAAAAAAUAUUGAAAAGGUGAUAUUAAAUUUAUCAUGUAUUAACUGUGGUAAUGACACUACAACGAAAUCCCAGCUAUGUGAAAAAUGUCAGAUGGAAUCCCUACAAACGUCAGGGAAUCUUCUAGAGAGAAGAAAUUACAGAGAAAGAGAAAUCAAGACGAUUAAUACUGUCUGCAGAAUCUGUUCCUACCGCUAUACUCAAGAUGCAGGUGAGAUGGGAGGUCAGGUAGCAUCGCUAUGCGAAUCACAUGACUGUCCUGUCUAUUUCAGUAGAGUAAAAGCCGCUGGAUAUAUCAAUUCUACAGUCAACAGAAGAAUUGCGGAAGCUUUAAAUUCAAUUAACCAUUGGUGA